UGCCUGACAGCGGUGGCACUAAAGGAUACAAACAGAAGGUUAGCCAAGCUGACAGCAAGUAAUCUAUCAGCGGGGACAGGGAAUCCUUGCUUUGCCGCAGCGGAUCGGUAUUGUUUGUGUUAUGAGAAGAGGACACUGGCUGUCUUAGGACUGUGAUUGAGCACCAUGGCUGCAGCCCCUCCACUCAGACGGACAGAUUCAGCUCGGGGGGAGUUUUCCCCUCUGAAGCACUUUGUUGUAGCCAAGAAGAAGAUUAGCGAUGUGUUUGAACAACUACUGAAUUAUGUGAAAGAGACUUCAGAGUUUGUAGAAGAAACCUGUGGGAAUAAAGCUUUGGAGAACAUUGCGAGUCGGGAUCAAAAGUUGGAGAUUCAGGCAUAUGCUGGCAAACUUGCCAUCAUUAAGGAGGUGCUCGCUCGCAGACACAUGAAAGUUGCCUUUUUUGGCAGGACCAGUAAUGGUAAAAGCACAGUGAUCAAUGCCAUGCUGAGGGACCGCGUGCUGCCCAGCGGUAUUGGCCACACCACAAACUGCUUCUUGAGUGUGGAAGGCACAGAUGAUGACAAGGCUUACCUCAAGACAGAGGGCUCAGAUGAGGAGAAGAGCAUCAAGACUGUAAACCAGCUGGCUCACGCCCUUCACAUGGAUGAGAGUCUGGAUGCCGGCUGUCUUGUACGCGUCUUCUGGCCAAAGACCAAGUGUGCUCUGCUUCGAGACGACCUGGUGCUCGUAGACAGCCCAGGGACAGAUGUCACAUCACAACUGGACAGCUGGAUUGACAAGUUUUGUCUGGAUGCUGAUGUCUUUGUGCUGGUGGCCAACUCUGAAUCCACUCUCAUGAACACGGAAAAGCACUUUUUUCACAAAGUGAAUGAACGUCUGUCAAAGCCAAACAUCUUCAUCCUCAACAACCGCUGGGACGCCUCAGCAAAUGAACCAGAAUACAUGGAGGAUGUGAGUCGGCCCUCUGUAUCUGUCUCAUGUCAGAAAGAGAAACAUUUUACUGUUACAGAAUACUGUAUGUGUCACCUCUCUCUCCAGGUGAGGAAGCAGCACACGGACCGUUGUGUCAACUUCCUGGUAGAGGAGUUGAAGGUUGUGGAGCGUGAGCAGGCACCCAACCGCAUUUUCUUUGUCUCUGCCAAAGAGGUCCUCAACUCCCGCAUGCAGCGUGCACAGGGCAUGCCCGAAACAGGUGGCGCUCUGGCUGAGGGCUUCCAGGAGAGACUGAAGGAGUUCCAGAGCUUUGAGAGGAGGUUUGAGGAGUGUAUCUCGCAGUCAGCAGUGAAAACAAAGUUUGAGCAGCACACUAUCAGGGCCAAGCAGAUCACAGAAAAAGUCAAGAGCAUCAUGGACGCCAUCAACAUCGAGGCAGCGGAGAAGAGAGUGGCAGCUCUGGAGGACAGAGAGUAUCAGAUGGACCGGCUGGAGUUUGUCAAGAAUCAGCUCAACUUGCUGAUUGAAGAUAUCAAGAAAAAGAUCAAAGCCAUAAGUCAAGACGUGGAGUCCAAGGUGUCCAACGCAAUGGGGGAGGAGAUCUGCCGUCUCCACGUAAUCGUCGAUGAGUUCCAAGCUGACUUCCACCCCUCACCUCAUGUCCUCAAGAUCUACAAGUCUGAGCUGCUAUCUCACGUGGAGGAGGGAAUGGGCAAGAACCUGGCCUUCCGCUGCUCUGACGCCGUGAACGCUUCUGUCCAGUCCUCGCAGAGUUACAUGAUAGAGAGCAUGCUCCCUCUGCUUCCCUCUACGGUCAAGAGCCAAGUCAACAUGCUGGUACCCAGCAGGAAGUUUGACUUGAGUUACGACCUAAACUGCGCCACACUCUGCAAUGACUUCCAGGAGAACAUUGAGUUUCAGUUUUCGUUGGGCUGGACAUCGUUGGUCCACCGUUUCCUGGGAUCUGACAAUGCACAGAGAGCGCUCAGACUGAUGGACCAGAACUUCCAGGCCUCUCGACCAGCACUGCCCCUGGCCCACACACCCUCCUCAGGACCCCCCUCCACCAUAUCUCAACCCAACCACGAGACAGCCCUCAUGACCCAGGAGGACCUUAUGGUAGCUAUGGCAACCAAUGUGGCUUCCCUCACCUCUCGCACUUCAAUGAGUGUUAUCAUCGUCGGAGGAGUGGUGUGGAGAACUGUCGGCUGGAGGCUGAUUGCCCUGUCGGCCUCGCUGUACGGCUUGUUGUACCUGUAUGAGCGACUAACCUGGACCACAAAAGCAAAGGAGCGAGCUCUGAAGCGGCAAUUUGUUGACUACGCAACCGAGAAGCUGCAGCUCAUCGUCAGCUUCACUAGUAGUAACUGCAGCCACCAGGUCCAACAGGAGAUGGCUACGACCUUUGCUCGGCUCUGUCAGCAGGUGGACCAGACGCAGAAAGAGCUGGAGGCAGAAAUCAGCCAACUGACAGCCAAGAUAGAUCAGCUGGAGACCGUCCAGAGCUGCUCCAAGAGCCUGCGACAUAAAGCCACUGACCUGGAGAAGCAGUUGGAGGCAUUCACAAACCAGUACCUGCAGCCUCAGCAGUGAUGAUGCUCCUCUUCAACACUCCACACUUUGUUUCACGUAGAGCCAGUCAUUCCUCAGUUUGGCACCACAUCAUCACCCACAGUACACCACAGUUUCUGUGUGGGCAGUAGUGCUGAAAAGAUUAUUGGAUUAGUCGAUUAAAUCCAAUAAAUUUAUUUUCUUUCUUUUUUUUUGUCACAUCAAAUAUUCUAUUUGAAAACAGUUUCUGGUAACUUUUAAAGGCCAUUUGUUUUUUUAAGUUUGUUUUAUUUUUUUAAGCUUGGUCAAAAAUUGAUUUAUCAAUACUGAAAACAAUCUGUAGUUUCACUCUUAGUGGACAGAGAAGAGUGAAGGCCCAGACACGACUGUAUUUUCCCCUCCUCCCCUCCUCUCUUCAGGUGCUUGAAUAACAGCAGUGAACAAACUGUAAAACAAAACUGCCUGUAAAAAAACACUUUGGACUCACGGGGCGCGUAGACGCUCCACAAAGAGGCGAUAGGAUCUCGGUCGGCGUGAGGGCUGCAUACCGGUCGGGUGCUAUAUUUUGACACUAACGUGAACUGUGAAGAUGCCUUUUUUGACUAACUUUUGUGGAGCAAAUGAAGUUUGUGUCUGUAAAAUUGUACAUUGUAUCUGUUCAGGCACAUGAUCUACUGUAUUGUAGCAACAAAAAAUAAAUAUAUUUAAUAAUGAAAGAAAACAGAAUUGUUUUUCUGCAUUAGAAGGAUAUAGUAAAGUGAAUUAACAGAGGGAAAUUGUUUGCAAGGCGUGUCUUGCUGUAGGUUCAUGUUCUAUUUUCUAACAACCCAAACUGUAUAGACAAGGCUUUGGAUAAACCUCAUAUAUUUUAUAAUAUCCUAUUUUAUUUAUACCCAUUAGACUUAUAAUGCCAAUUACACAAGUCUGCACUUUGUAAAGUUGUCCUCUUUUUUUCUUGAAUGUGUGUUGAAAUACCUCCAGAUUUGCCUGACUGUAUUAAAUCUGCCACAAUCUAAAA